AUGCCUGUUAAAGUUCUAUUUGAUUCAGGAGCAUCACAUUCAUUCAUGACUAGGACCCUAGGUGAACGUCUAGGACUAGUCAGUCCAGAAUACAUUUCUGUCAGUUUUGCAUUACCAUCAGGAGAAGAAUUGCAUUGUUCUAAGUUGUAUAGGCAGGUACCUCUACUUAUAGCAGGAAUAGAAUUCCCGUCUGACUUGAUUGAGUAUGAGAUGAAAGACCUAGAUGUCAUCCUUGGGAUGGAUUGGCUUGGAAAAUAUAAGGGUCAUAUCAAUUGUGAGGCUCAAAAAUCUUGUAUAAAGAAAGGGUACCCAUUGUUUAUGUGUAGUGUUCAAGAAAUAAUGGAAGAGGUUGAACCUAGCAAGGUACCAGUGGUGAGUGAGUUUCCAGAUGUUUUUCCUGACGAGAUUCCAGGAAUGCGCCAAGUGAGAGAUCUUGAUUUCACCAUAGACUUAGUGCCCGGAACAGGACCAAUCUCUAAGGCCCCAUACCGAAUGGCACCUGCAGAAAUGAAGGAACUAAAAUCCAACUGGAUGAGCUGUUGGAGAAAGGCUACAUCAGGCCAAGCUCUUCACCAUGGGGGAGCACAUGAGGAGCAUUUAAGACAAGUUUUGUCAAAGUUGAGAGAGCAUCAGUUAUAUGCCAAGCUUUCUAAAUGUGAGUUUUGGUUGGAGGAAGUUGCAUUUUUGGGCCAUGUGAUCUCGAAAGAGGGUGUUUCAGUGGAUCCCGCUAAGAUUCGAGCUGUUACUGAAUGGCCUACUCCGAAGAGUGUAUCUGAUAUAAGGAGUUUCUUGGAGUGUGAGGAGGCAUUUCAGAACUUGAAGAACAGGUUAACUUCAGCACCAGUUUUAGCAUUGCCAGAUGAAGGUCAACAAUAUGAGGUUUAUAGUGAUGCAUCGAAAUAUGGCUUAGGGUGUGUACUGAUGCAAAAUCGAAAGGUGAUUGCUUAUGCUUCGAGGCAAUUGAAACCUUAUGAGUAUCAUGAAGGGAAGGCUAACGUUGUGGCUGAUGCUUUGAGUAGGAAGACUAGUCAUUCGAUUAAUGCAAUAAUAUUGCCAGAUCAGUUAUGUAUGGAGUUUCAGAAGAUGAACUUGGAAGUCAUGGAGCUAGGAAGCGUAGAAGAACUACUAGGUGCCAUAGCGAUCCAACCUUCUAUUCUUGAUGAGAUCAGGGAAAGUCAAGCUGGGGAUGAUAAAUUGGAGAAAAUUAAGAAGAAAAUUCAAGAGGGCCAAGCACUAGACUUCAAAAUAUUUGAUGAUGGCAGUGUGAGAUUCAAAGGAAGAUGGUGUGUGCCUCAGAAUCAAGGGGAUCUUAAGCAGAAAUUGAUGGAGGAAGCUCACAAUUCACCAUACUCAAUGCAUCCAGGGGGAGAUAAGUUGGUUGGCAAGGUGGCUUAUCGUUUAGAGUUACCUAAUGAGUUAAGCAAGGUACAUAAUGUCUUUCAUGUGUCACAAUUGAGGAAGUAUAUUGCAGAUUCUUCUCAUGUGUUGCAGCCUGAAUCUAUCGAAUUGGAUGAGACCUUAACCUAUGAGGAAAGACCGAUUAAGAUCCUAGAUAGCAAAGUCCGUAGUACUAGAAACAAGGAUGUAAAGUUAUUGAAAGUUCUUUGGUCCAAUCACAAAACCGAGGAAGCGACUUGGGAGGCUGAGGACGAAAUGUGUAGAAAGUACCCAGAGUUGUUCAUUGAGGUUAGUAGAGUUACGGGGGGCGUAACUCCCUUUUUAAGGGGGUAG